AUGAGCCCCACACCGUCAACAACGACGACACCAAGCACAACACAGUGGAACACACGCAACCUGGGUCUGCGACUCGGCGCCGACGUAGCCUCUGCCGCAACAGCAGGAAUCCUCGUCGCUCCCAUCAUCACCGCAAUCGACAAGGCCAUUAUUGAAAAUGCUUCGGGCAGACAAACACUAGGACUCUCGUUACGAGACUCCCUGACUACCUUCUUGACACGCCCACACCAGUUUAUCGUUUCCAAGCCAUUUGCUUUGAUCUUUGCAUUGUAUGCCGGCACCUACGUUACUGCAAACUUGCUUGAUACCAGUGCAAGCACCGUCAAAGGAAAGCCUGCUACCACCACAACUUCUGGUCCUGCCAAAUUCAUCGCUACCUCUUCUGCAAACCUGAGUUUGUGUUUAUACAAGGACAGCAGGUUUGCGAAACUCUUCGGCGCUGCUACAUCCACUCUUCGUGCCAUCCCUGGACCCAGCUACGCACUUUUCGCAAUCAGAGACUGCUUGACCGUCUUUGCUUCCUUCAACGUACCGCCAUUGAUCGCACCAUAUAUGCCUUUGAGUCAAGGUAUGCAGCAACACAUUUCCACAGCAUCGGCAGCACAGUUCGUAGCGCCUGCUGCUGUGCAAUUGAUCUCUACGCCUUUGCAUCUGCUGGGCUUGGACCUGUACAACAGAGAUGGAAACCUGGGAUGGAGAGAAAGAGUGAGUAAGGUCAGGAUGGACUGGUUGAAGAGUUCAUUUGCGCGGAUGGCGAGGAUUGUGCCUGCGUUUGGAGUUGGUGGUGUGGUUAACACGGGCGUGAGAAGGAGUUUGAUGAAGAGGUUGGAGUAA